AUGAACCGAACAACACUUGUGAGGAUUGACCAGAGGAAACUUUAUGAUUGGCUUAGUGAACUGGAAAAUCCUGGGGAUAUCGAGGGGAAAUUGCUACGGUUCACUUAUGCUCCGGGAGAGUUAUUGAUGCACGGAGGAGUAUCGGAUGCUCCAAGGACGCCAUCCUUGGUCGUCACAGGCCAUCCCCGCCCUGAAAAGUCCAGGGUCCCUUUUCCAAUGAGAGCUAUCCUCCUCAUGGAACCCCGCUCCAUCCGUCCUGAAUCUUCAGAAUCAGCAUUCUAUUGCUGGCGUGUACAACAACUCUCAAAGCGAGCGCCAACCGUAAAUGCUCAAACAGCCGCCAGUGGAUACACAAGCAGAUUAGACCAGCAAUAG